AUGGCGCAUAUCUUCCCUGUUCAGACGAGCCACUCCGCUGAAGACGCGCAUGUUGAUGUUCGGUUUCUGGCGGAUUUCCCAUCUCGAUUUUUUUCAGUGAUAAAAGUCAGUAUACUUUCUUACCCUUGGCAUGUAAAGCUAAUGCUGAAUCAAGAUAAGGAGAAGCACCCUAUAAUUUUUCUAAAAGACAUGAAAUACAAAGAAUUGCAAGCAAUUCUCGAAUACAUGUAUCGGGGUGAAGUUGUCAUACCUCACGACCAACUUACUUCUCUACUUCAAGUCGCGGAAUCGCUUCAGAUCAAAGGAUUGGGCUGUGGAGAGAAGUCGCAAACUCCCACCGGCAAUCGGGGUUUAAUUCAAACCCACCCACAACAGCUGCCACAGCCACAGCCACAGCUGCAGCCGCAACCACUGCAGCCGCCGCCGCAGCAGCAGCAGGCGGCGCUCCUCCAGCAGGUGGUGGUGAAGCCGGUGCAGGCGCGCCCGCCCGCGCCCGCGCGAGGCGUGGAGGCGGCGCCGCAGGUGGUGGACCUGACGGACGAGCCGCGCAUCGGCGCCCCGGUACGCCCCGCGCCCGCCGAGGCCGCCAAGCGCCCGCUGCCGCAGGCCGCCAGCAGGGCCAAGCGGGUGGCGUACCCCGCCGCUGUGCUGGACAGGUUCAAUCAGAGCACCCUGGCUUCCGCAAGCCCCAUCGCCGUGCACAGCGUGCACCAGCAACAAAACGUCAUCGUCACCAACGCCUCUCCCGUUCCCGUGGCUUCUGUUCAGACCCCGCCGAAAGCCAACCCGGUCGGCAGCAGACAAACAAAUGAACCGGGGGGCCAAGGUGUAGUACAAGUAUUAAUGCCUCCUACUCAACGCCCUGAGACGCACGAUAUACGCGACGCUGGCAAUCAACCGGAGCCCCACAAGUCCAAGCCGAGGACGGUCCCCAGAAUCCUCCAGAGAAAAUCUAGUGUGCUGCAGCCUAGUCCCCGGCAGAGUAGUAGCCCGGUGGCGAUGCCAUCCCAGAACGCUCUAGUCAGUGCUCCGAGACCUCAGCAGCUCCAAAUUGCUUCUAAAACGGAAGCCGCUCCCGCCACAGAGACCAACUCAGCAGGUCAAGCCAUUACCAGUGAAACUGCCGCAGACAAGGUGGGCAAAACCGCCACUGCCACGCCCCCUCCGGCGGUGGAGCAGGCGAACGGCGCUGCGAAGCAAGUGCGCGACAGCGAGCCUCAGGAUUCGCUGGACUCGGCGGAGCCAGCCGAGGACGUGGGCGGUGAAGAUCCAGGUCCGGAAAGUCAGAAGGAAACGGCGGCGAAAAAGAACACAGCGUUAGACAAACCAGGACCAUCUGGAGUUGGAAAGGCCAAAGCAGGGCGGCGCGGGCGGCUGCCGGCGUCGGAGCGCCGCUUCCAGUGCACCGAGUGCGACAAGCGCUUCACGCAGAAGAACUACCUGGAGAACCACCUGCGCAUCCACGACGGCGAGUGCUACGAGUGCGACAACUGCACCAAGACCUUCCUGACGCGCGCGGCGCUCGUCAAGCACCUGCGCGCGCACGCCGCCAGGGCCACGGCGGCGCCCCCGCACAAGUGCCAGCUGUGCGGCGCCGUCUUCCCCAGCUCCGGCGACCUUGAGAAGCACUUGACGGACCACACCAUGGCGGGCGCCGACGACCCCUGAGCGCACGGGACGCCCAUUAGGAGCUCACGCAGCGCUUGACACGGUGUCUCUUGUAUAUUCAGGUGGCUCUUGGCUAUUCAUAUUGGAAAAAGCUGUGAAAAUCCAUCAGCAAUUUAGUAUUCAAUAUAAAUACUUAUGUUGUGUUGAUUUAAAGUUUGUAAAAUGAUUUUGAAGAAUAGUUUUAAAAUACAUCCCCUGUAUUACUAUUAUAUUGCUUCUUUUAACUUUUUUAUUUCUUUUGAAACAACUCUUGUAUUUGUAAUAAAUAAAGUGUGUGUUCCAUAAACUAA